AUGGUAUCUCUCUUCUCUGGCCGCAUCUUGAUCAGGAACAACAGCGACCAGGAUGAAGUGGAAACAGAGGUGGAGCUGAGUCGUAGGUUAGAGAAUCGGCUAGUGCUGCUGUUCUUCGGUGCCGGGACCUGUCCCCAGUGCCAGGCCUUCGCCCCAGUCCUUAAAGACUUCUUCGUGCGACUCACUGAUGAAUUCUACGUGCUACGGGCGGCACAGCUGGCCCUGAUCUAUGUGUCCCAGGACCCUACAGAGGAGCAACAGGACCUCUUCCUCAGGGACAUGCCUGAAAAGUGGCUUUUCCUGCCAUUCCAUGAUGACCUAAGAAGGGACCUCGGGCGCCAGUUCUCCGUGCGUCAACUGCCAGCGGUCGUGGUACUCAAGCCGGGCGGGGACGUGCUGACGAGCGACGCCACGGAGGAGAUCCAGCGUCUGGGACCCGCCUGCUUCACCAACUGGCAGGAGGCGGCAGAGCUGCUGGACCGCAACUUCCUGCAGCCUGAGGACUUGGAUGAGCCCGCGCGGCGCAGCAUCACCGAGCCUCUGCGCCGUCGCAAGUACCGGGUAGACCGGGAUGCCGGCCAAAGGCGGGACCGAAGCGGGCGUGACUCUAGUGAUCCCCAGGGGGACACGGGUGCAAGGGCGGAGCUCUGGUGA